AUGGCACGCGUCCAGCUGCAGCUCAAGAAGCGCAAGCGCCCGGAUGCGCGGACGGUAGAGGCCGCACCGUGCUUUCUCUCGCAGUCGCAGCUCGAGGCCAUGACCGAGUACGAGUAUGCUGAUGCACAAGCUUCGUCGGCGCCACCUGUGGCGCUGCCAUCGCUCGAGGACGUGGCGCACAAGGUCAAGCGACUCCAAGACGAAGGCAACGUCUUGGCCGAAGCCGAGCGGUAUCGCGCCGCCAUGGAGCGCUGGCACCAGGCGAUCGAGUACGACCCGACCCACGCGGUGCUCCAUGAGCUGCUUGCCCAAGCGCACUUGGCCCUCGGCGAGUUCUUCCAGGGCAUCCAAGUAGCGACGCGCGCGACCGAGCUCGCGCCCACGUGGGCCGACGCGCACAUGACGUUAGCUCGCUGUCAAUUCAACUAUGGCGAGCUCGACCUCGCUCUCGCGUCCUUGCAGACCGCCGUGACCCUCGUGACCGACCCCAUGGAGCUGGCGGCGCUGCUAGACGAGGCGCAGGACAUGGCGCGGCUACGCGCCGAGCGUGACGCAGUCCUCGCGCAGAGCGGAGCGCUUCUGACGACGUUGACGCGGCCUGACGACGUGCAAGUCGCGGAAUGCAAGAUGAACCUCGCCCGGCGGAUCAACUACUAA